AUGGUCUACUACUUCACUUCCAAGUCGGUGGACCCGGCCGCCUUCAUCUACGUCGGUAAAGACAAGUUUGAGAAUGAGGAAUUAAUCAAAUACGGCUGGGAGGAAGAUGGUACGCCAAUCUCACCUCACCACCCUCUCACCAAACUAACCAAAACCCCCAAAAAGUUCCACGUAGACAAGCUCUCCUCCGCCCACAUCUACCUCCGCCUCCCAGACCCAGCAGACCCGUCCACGACAACCCCCAUGACAUGGGACGCCAUCCCGGAACCCCUCCUCAUCGACCUCGCCCAGCUCACCAAAGCAAACUCCAUCGAGGGCAACAAAAAGGACAACAUCACCAUCAUCUACACCCCCUGGUCCAACCUGAAAAAGGACGGCAGCAUGGCCGCCGGACAAGUCUCCUUCAAGGACCCGCGCAAAGUCAAGAAAAUCCUCGUCGCCCAGCGCGAGAACCCCAUCGUCAACCGCCUGAACAAGACCAAAGUCGAAAAGAAGCCUGAUUUGCAGCAGGAGAGGGAUGAUCGGCUCAAGGAGCUGAGGAAGAGGGAUCAGGCUGCCAGUCUCGAGAGGAAAAGAGAAGAGGCCCGCGUCAUGCAAGACCGCAAGGAGAAGAAGUGGCAAAAGGACCACGCCUACGACGACAUCUUCACCGAGGAGAAUAUGGAGGCCACGAGCAACCAGAACCGCGACGAGAACUGGGAGGACGAUUUCAUGUAG